AUGCAAAUCAAGAACGUUCUCGCCGGUGUCGUCAGCCUGGCUCUCCUGGCUGAUGCCGCCAAUGUCGAACGACGAUCCCUCUUUGGCCGCACCUUGGAACGACGACGUGGUGGUCGCAACGGCGGCAACAAUGGAGGCAACGCUGGCAACACGGGCAAUGCUGGUAACACUGGCAACGCUGCCAACAACGGUGGCAAUGGCGGCGGCAGCACCACUCUGGAUGCCAACCUCAUCCAGACCGGUUCGCAGCAAGACGGCAACAACCCUGGUGCCGAUGGCCAGUCGGCUUCGGCUACUGACAACGCCAACUUCAUCAACUUCUGCCAGGGCAAGACUCUCACCAACGGUGAGCAGGUCCAGACGGGUUCUUGCAAUGGUAUCCCCAUGGGCAACAUCCCCUCUACCAACAACAUGGUCUCUUCCGUCUUCGUGAACCCCAAGAACGGCGACAACAUUGCCGAGAACACCACUUUCGACAUCCAGGUCCAGAUGCUCAACUUUGCCCCCGGAACCUUUACCAACGCCACCUCCACCUACUAUGCGGCUCCUCAGGAUGUUGACGGCAACGGCAACAUUAUCGGCCACACUCACGUCACUGUCCAGAGCACGGGCGACUCGCUGAACCCCACCCAGCCUCUGGACCCGAAGCUGUUCGUCUUUUUCAAGGGUAUCAACGAUGCGGGUAACGGCCAGGGCCUGCUCUCUGCCACCGUUACCGACGGUCUGCCCCAGGGAAACUACCGCCUGUGCUCCAUGUCUUCUGCCGCCAACCACCAGCCUGUGCUGAUGCCCGUGGCCCAGCGUGGUGCCCAGGAUGACUGUGUCCGCUUUACUGUCGGUGGCAACGGCAAUGCCAACAAUGGCGGCAAUGCCAACAACGGCGGCAAUGCCAACAACGGCGGCAAUGCCAACAACGGCAACAACGGUCAGAACAAUGCAAACAACGGCCAGAAUGGCCAAAACGCCAGAAUGGCCAGAACGGUCAGAACGGGUGGUGCCUCUGCUGCUGAUGCCCUUGGUGGCAUCGCUGCCCCCCCGGUCACCCAGUCUGGCAACCAGGACCGACCCUUUGAGGUCGAGGGCAACACCUUCACCACCAAGGAUGCCGCCAACCAGCGAGCCUGUGACAUUCAGCACAACCAGUGCGCCAAUGCCGCCAACAGCCAGUCGGUGCAGGGUGUCUCGGUGAGUGACUGCCAGAGCCAGAUUGCCGCCUGCGUUGCAGACCUUUCGGCCUCAUCAUGA